AAAUCUCCAAAUAGAAACUCUCAUAUUACUAUUUACCUCUCCUCUCUAUCCAAUCAAAAGAAUCUCUUCCCCCUUCUCUCUCCUACUCAUAACAUCAUGUCUUGCCAAAUAACAUUCACAUGUCUUUGUUUCUAGUGAAAAAAUAAAAUCAAAGAUAAAAUCAUUUCAAACUUUUUGCUUGAAAUCGGUUCUCCACUAACAUCUACCCUUCUCUCUUUUAUCCACACACCAAACUCAUCUUCAACUAGUAUUCACAAGUUUCUCACAAAAAAAAUCCUAAGCUUAACCAUGAAUCCUCUAAUUCUCUUGCUUAUUUUACCUUUCUUUACUCAGUUUUUGGAAGUUGAACCUGCAAGACCAAAAGUGCUAGGGAAACCAAGAUUUCCUAACUCUCAAAUCAGUGUGAUGGGUUUUGUUUAUUGUGAUUUCUGUUCAAACAAUAGCUUUUCUAGACAUAGCUACUUCUUGCCAGGUGCUGAGGUGAAAGUAGAUUGCAUGUUCAAAGCAAUUUCAGCCAAAACAACAGAGCAGAUUACACUGUCAGUGAACAGAACAACAAAUAAGUAUGGAAUGUACAGAAUUGAAGUACCAUCAGUUGAUGGAGUGAGAUGUGCUGAAGGAACUGAAGUGAUGUCUUCUUGCCAAGCAAAUUUAAUAGGGAGUUCAACCACUGCUUGCAAUGUUCCUGGAUACAAAAGCACUGCUAAUGUGAUAUCAGUCAAAGCAAGGAAAACAAAUCUAUGCAUAUAUAGUCUUAAUGCUUUAAAUUUUAGACCAUCUAAGAAGGACACUGGUCUAUGUGGUAAUUGAUAAAAAAUAAGGAAGAUUAUAUAAUUAGCCUUGUUCUUGGCAACUAGUAAUAUUUUUUGGAGCCUAUUGAGGGCAUAUAUGUCAUUUCUCAAUCUCAUCACCUUCAUUGAAUUAUUGUUAUAUCAUGUUAUGCCAAAAAGAAUAACAUGCAUGUAGAGUUUGAGUGUAUUCGAUUUAUGCAGUUUUUAUAGAAAAAUGUUAGUAGUUGUUAA